AGGGAAAGACUCCACCACCAAUAUUAGAAAAUCUUUCUAUACAUGGCGUUAAAAAAAUGUCCAGUAAGGAAAAAUCCCACACACUGUGGAGAGUGAUUAUGUUUAUUAAUUUGAUCGUUACUAUGAUCUUGUUGGUUGUAAUCAGAGAUGGAUAUAACGGUCAACACAUCGUCACACGAAUAAAUUCUAACUGCAAAAUUAAUGAAGUUCCCUUUCCGGCGGUCAGCAUUUGUAAUUACAAUUUGGUGUCGAACAAAAGGUCUCAAAACAUACAAAGUAUUUUAAAAUCGUCAAACGUAUCCGGUUCGGAUAUAGAGCUGUUCCUGCAAAGCCUCCCCAACCUAGUCGAUUAUCGUAACUCGAACGGCCACACGUCAGACUUUGAUCACAUUCUGCGUGUUCUUAAAAAACAUUACUUUAAUAUCGACACUAUAAUGGAAGAGGUACACCAGAGGUGUGAAGAUCUGCUGCUGUACUGCAGUUUCAACAGAAAGCCAAUGAUUUGCACAGACAUGUUCCGUUUGGUGAAAACUUUUGAAGGCCACUGCUGCACGUUCAACUACGUCGCUCUAAACGAUGAUAGCGUUGAGAACGUCCUUCCCGAUAAGGAUCAUGAACAUUAUGAGGAUACGGAAUCGGACCACAAACAUUCUGAGAUUAUAAUCACGGCGGAGUCAGGCAGAGGUUCAGGUCUGCUUGUAGUUUUCAACGUAGAGCCGAGUGAUUACCCACCCUGGGCUCUCACUCAAACAUAUGGUGCGAAGGUCCUGAUAAAUGACCCAAACGACUACCCAGAGUAUUCAGUGAUCUACAAACGCGUGUACACUGAGAUAUCCCUAGACAUCAAGGUGCAGCCUUCUGUGUUUGAUGCCGACGAAUCCCUCCGCAGCAUUCCCAACGCGUAUCGUGGCUGUGCUUUCCACGACGAAAUCGAACUCAAACAUACGGACAGGUAUUCUUGGGAGACUUGCAAAACAGAAUGUAAAAUGAGGAGCUAUUUGAAGUAUUGUGGCUGUGUGCCGUAUAAGUACCCGCAAGAGGCAACGCCUCGAAUCUGCGAGUUCAAAGACUUGAGGUGCUUGAACAACUUCAGAGCGAAGAAAUUAUCUUCGGAACUUUGUGAGCCGCUUUGCUACCAGGAGUGCCGAGACAAGCAAUACCGCGUCACCAACAACAUUAUGCCACUCGUUGCAGACUUGUAUCCCGACGACGUUAUGAAUAACAGAAACGCCAGUGAGCUAACAGCACUGCAGGUGUACUUCGACAGACCCACCUGUAACUGCUAUAAGAAGAUGUUACUCAUGGACUUCAUUUCUAUUAUUGCUACAUAUGGUGGCAUCUUUUCACUCGGCUUUGGAGCGUCGCUUCAUACUCUAUUUGAAGUCGCCUUUUUAACGCAUCUCCACGGAGAGGGUAUGCGCAGGAGCCGUGCGACGCGACGAUCGCGUCACGUGACUAAGCUGCGUCUGAGCGCGUGUGCACCCAACAUCCCCGGCCCUGGAUACCAUUACUCCCCCUCCUCCUGCCCCGACACCAGCUCCUCCGCAAGCAUAACGCAAAGAGUUCAUCUGCAAGCAAGCUAUUUAUGUUAA